AUGAAGUUAUUUUCCAAACGACUGCGGUAUAACAGUGAAAGUGACGUGAGAAACGUACAUACUGAUUCGUAUGUGGAACAUACGUUAACAGUACCAGAAUUGGCUAGGAUUUAUAUUGACACUUGUAUUAAUGAAGAACAGCCAGAGCAGAGCGAUGGAUUAGGUUUGGCAUUGGCGAGGUAAGAAAGAGUUUUUAAAUGUUAGCUAGACUAAACAGUGAGCAAGAGCUCUGAGUUAAGAUAUUUUGAGCUAGGGUUCUCUGGGCUAGGUUUAUCUGGCCUAGGGCUCUGGGCUAUUGCUUUGGGCUAGGGCUCUGGGCUAGGGCUCUGAGGCUAGGGCUCCGUUUGGGGCUAAACAUGAGGAAUGAGCCAGGCGGGCCUUGACAAAACUUUAAGUAGGGCUAAACCUGAAAAUCAAAGCCCGUCCUAAAAAGCCCAGUCCGUUUGCGCGUGAAAAAAUCGGGUUGGGCCGGCUUAAGAAAAGUUUAUUAUAGAGUAGGCCAAGCCUAAGAUUCAGGCCGGGCCCGUUCCCUGUGUCUACUCAAAGCACAUGCUGGGUUUGGGGCUAGGACUCGGGAUGAGAAACGGACCUUGCGCGUGAAAAAAAGAUUGGGCCAGGCUUGCUUGAGGUAAAAAUAAAGACGGGCUAGGCUUAAACAGUUUUUUUUGCUAUGUCUAGAGAAAGAGCUAAGGUUAGGGCUCUGGGCUAAGGCUCUGGGCUAGAGCUAAGGCUUUGAGCUAGGACUCUGGGCUAAAGCCCUAGACUAGGGCUUUGAGCUAGGGCUCUAGGCUAACAAUAAGACUCUGAGCUAGGGCUUUGGGCUAGGGCUCUAGGCUAGGGCUAAAGCUUUGAGCUAAGAUUCUGGGCUAGACCUCAGAGCUAGGGCUCAUGCUUAGAGCUCAAAGCUAGGACUCAAGGCUAAGGGUAAGCUAAGGCUUUUAAUUUUCUUUUCAGAAAACGUCUAGAAACCGAAGGACCAAACCUAGUAGAUGACACAAAGAAAAAGAAAUGGAACUUCCUACUAAACAAACAUUUCUACAAAUUCUGGAUUCUACUAUCAGGUGCAACCAUCCUCAACAUCAUUGCCUACAUCCUAGAACAAAAUGAUGAGAAAGAGAACAAUGCUCUGACCAUAGCUACUGGUAUAACCUUGGUCUUUGCGGUAGUACUAAUGGUACUAUUGGCAUUUUGGCAAGAACGUAGAUCAAUUGAAAUUGUCAACACGACCAAACGCUUCAUAGGUACGUUCUGUUUUGUAGUACGCGACUGUGAUACUAGAUGCAUAUCAACCAAAGACCUGGUCGUAGGCGAUCUACUUCACAUUAAUGCUGGCCAACGUAUACCAGCUGAUGUGAGGUUACUAUUGGCCAAUGGGUUAUAUAUUGAUGCCUCGAUUAUCACUGGCAACAAAGAUAAGCAGAUUUACAAUUGUGAAGUUGCUGAUAAAAAAACGAAUGUCUUUGAAGCCAAAAAUGUGGCCUUUCAAGGAACCUAUGUCACUGAUGGUGACGGACUUGGACUUGUUAUUAAGACUGGCAGAAAUACUGUAGGUUUUAAAUUGUGUAUUUUAUCAACGUAUUUUACAAUUAAUUUUGAAAAAACUAUUUGUUGUUACAGUUUUCAACAAAAAAAUAUAUUAUCCAGCGUAUAAGAUGUCACCAGCAGUUUGCACAAAACAAAAAGUUGUUGUUUUAAGAAAAAAAUGGCAAGAACUUUCUUUACAAAACAAAAAAUGGCAAGAACUUUUGUUACAAAACAAAAUAUGGCAAAAACUUUCUUUACAAAACAAAAAAUGGUAAGAACUUUCUUUACAAAACUUAAAAUGGCAAGAACUUUCUUUACAAAACUUAAAAUGGCAAGAACUUUUUUUUCAUACUUGAAAAUCUCGUAUUUUAACUUAAUUUUAAAUGAAAAUUUUAAGUUUUUUAAUGUUUCAGUUUUUGGGUAACACUUCAGAAACACAAGAUCACAUUAGAAGAUCCAGUUUAUUGUCUAAGAACAUCAAAGAAGCUGUGGAUAACAUUUCAUACUGGGCUUUGCUUAUGGCCUUGGCUGCUUUUAUGAUUGGCAUGGUUGUUAAUGAGUAAGUAAAGUGGCAAGAACUUUCUUUACAAAACAAUAAAUUGCAAGAACUUUCUUUACAAAAAAAAGUAAAAAACACGAUUCAUCGUAUAACUUGUCACCCGCAGGUCGCAAAUACCAAAAAACAUAUAAAAUUAAAAAAUUGUUACAGUACUCCAAAUGCAAUUACAGUACCCAGAAAUUUCAGCUUCAACAACGUACUGUACUACUUUAUCAUCGGCUUUCUAGUAGUACUAGUCGCCGCAGUACCACAAGGACUACCUCCAACAAUCAUGUGCCAUUUAGCUAUUACUGCCAAACGGCUGUCACAAAAACAUAUUUGUAUUCGAAAUUUAGAUGUCAUUGAAGAACUUGGUGCGGCUACAGUACUCUGUACGAAUAGAACUGGCAUUUUGACGGAGAAUAAGCUUACUGUAACUGAUUUGUGGUACAGUAAGAAUGUUCAUAAAGGUAAAAUACAGCAUUAGAAAUGUAAUAGAAAACGGCAAGGACUUUCUUUACAAGGCUUAAAAUAGCAAGAACUUUCUUUACAAAUUACAAAAUGGCAAGAACUUUCUUUACGGAACAAAAAAUGGCAAAAACUUUCUUUACAAAGCAAAAAAUCGCAAGAACUUUCCUUACAAUACAAACAAGAAAAAAAUAUACGUCGUAUAACAUGUCACACGCAGGCCGCAGCCAACAAAAGCCUUUAUUUUUCUCAAAAAACGCGGCCGGGUCCGUCUCGAAACAGUUUUUCGUCUGAUCAUCGGUAUUUUUUACCUACUUAUCGACUUGUUUGUAUUAUAAACUGUUACCUAUUAUUAAAAAUAUCAUUUAUCUUUAUCAUCUAACAGUUCAUUACCUUUUUUACGUUUAUUUUCGAGAAUUGAGGCCAGUUUUUUAAAGCAAAGCAUGGAUAAUAUAAUUCUUAUUGUUUUUGAAGCGCGCUUCUCGAAUCCAGAAGAUGUUUUGGUAUGUUUUUAUUGUAUUUUAUUGACGUUUAGGUAUUACUUUGAGUAGAAAAACGUUAUUCAUGGUUAUUUUUACUUUCAAAGGUUCCAAAAUGUUAUUUAGGUAAUGAUCGACAACUUUUUUUCGUAGUUUAGUUAACAACCGGUAAUAGUUCACUUUGUAAAGAGAGUUAUAGUCAUUUUUUGUUUUGUAAAGAAAGUUCUUGCCAUCUUUUGUUUUGUAAAGGAAAGUUCUUGCCAUUUCUUCUUGUUUUUCAAUUAUAGUAACUUAAAAUUGUUACAGUACCUCUAACGAAAUCAGCGAUAAAAGAAGUCCGUAAGCAUACGCCUUAUGCCAAUGCCACAUUAUUUAUUAUGCACUCAGUAAUGGGUGUAUGUAAUCGUAUCUUCAAGUUUCACGAACUGCCAUCGUUUAACGUACGACAAGCCUUUAUUCACAAUGAUAACAUAGAAGCUGAAAGUACGGCGAGAAGUGUGCAGUUUCAAGCUGAUUUAGUGACAAUUUAUAAUAUUAAUGAUGAAUAUAUGGAUACCAGGCAUACGGCUGACUUUUCAUUGGAAAUGAAGAGGCAUGGGUUUAAUAGUACGGUGGAUGCUGCCAUUUAUGGGUACUUGAAGAAGGCGAAUGUCUCGAUUAUUGAGUUGGGACAGAGUUAUAAGGUGAGUUACGAGGUGGGGAAUGGUAGGUAGGGUUGGGUAGUGUAAGGGAUAUGCUAAUGUAGGCUACAGUGGAUGGCAAGGUUAUGUAGAGCAUGGUACGGUAGGGUAAUGUAGAGUAAAAUGGGGUAAAGUAGAGUAAAGAGCGGUAAAGUAGGGUAGGCACAGAAUUACUUGAACAACCUAAUACUAUGUCUUUAAGGUAAAAUACGUCCUCUUCAUCUUCACAUACUUAUGUUUUUACAGUAGUAUUAAAAGGGCUGUUUUUCGUAAUAUGAUACUAAAAGCUUUAAGUUGUGGACAGGUAAGGUAGAGUAAGUUACAUUAGAAUAGAUAUUGAGUUCCUUUUCUUUUCAGCCAAUUUUCGAAAUUCCGUUCAACGCAAACCGUAAAUGGCAGUUGAUUGUAGCGAAAUGUCAACGGCCAGUUGAUAAUUUCUUAUAUCCAAUGAAUGUGGAAGAUAAAGAUGUCUAUGUAGUUAUGAUGAAAGGAGCACCAGAUGAGAUUUUAAAGCGCUGUAAUCAGUUUACAUACAAUGAUGCUGUAGUCAACAUGGAUUAUGACUUUAUUGCUCAGUGUGAUGUGAGUUAUAAGUUCUUGCCAUUUUUGAUUUUGUAAAGAAAGUUCUUGCCAUUUUUGGUUUUGUAAAAAAAGUUCUUGCCAUUUUUUGUUUUGUAAAGAAAGUAUUUGCCAUUUUGUGUAUUGUAAAGAAAGUUCUUGCCAUUUUUGGAUUUGUAAAGAAAGUUCUUGCAAUUCCAGGCCACAGCCGAGUCCUUUCGCCUAAAAGGCUGUCCAGUCAUUGCCUUUGCCAUCAAGUAUUUUACAUUGGAAAAGGAUGUAAAACCCAAAAACCUAGAUGAAUGGGCAUUACAAUCAAACCUCAUCUUCACAGGCAUGGCUUCGCUAAAUGAUCCGCCCCGAUCCGACACCCGCGAGGCAGUGCGCAUGUGCAAAACGGCUGGGUUAAAGUUUUAUUUAAUCACCGGCGAGCACCCAAUGUCAGCCUUGGCUUUGGCAUGUCAAAUCGGACUGGUCGAUCAGGAUAUUGACAGUAUUAAAAUUGACUUUGAUCAACCGGACUUUGAAGUAUUUUAUGGUACUGAUUGGGCUGUGGUACGAAGUGGUACACUUCAGUCAUUGAGUCAGGAGAAACUGAGGAAGUUGCUUGAGAAACCUUAUAUCAUAUUUUCGGAGUAAGUUUGAUUUACUGUGGUAAAAAUGGUUUUAAAAUUUUUAAAAUUACGUUUUUUGAAAUUUUUUGUUUUGUAAAGAAAAUUUUUGUCAUUUAGGGGUUUGGAAAGAAAGUUUUCGCCGUUUUGUGUUUUGUAAAGAAAUUUCUUGUCAUUUUGGGUUUUGGAAAGAAAGUUCUUGUUAUUUUUUGAUUUGUAAAGGAAGUUCUUGCCAUUUUUUGUUUUGUGAAGAAAGUUUUUGCCAUUGUGUGGUUUGUAAAGAAAGUUCUUGCUAUUUUUUCUUUUGUAAAGAAAGUUCUUGUCAUUUUGGGUUUUGGAAAGAAAGUUUUUGUUAUUUUUAGGAUAACAUCGGCCCAAACAUUGCUUUUGGUGAAAGAAUGUCGAAAAAACGGAGAAAUUGUGGCUUUGACUGGUGGAGCGGCGAACGAUGCUCCAGCUUUGUCAAAAGCUAAUGUUGGUAUCUCUUCUAAGAAGUUUAGUAUGUUUUUCCUAUUGCCUCUACCUCUACUUUCAUCUUUAUCCUUCCCUCCCCCCUUUGUAUUAUCACAAACAAGCCUGCAAUACCCAUUUUAGACCUGCAGUACUAUUAUAAAACGAAGCUUACAGUACCCAACCAAAAUAUAAUUUUGAUUUUUAGGCACAGACGUAGCCCAGAGAGCAGCAGACAUUAUAUUAGAGUAUGACGGUUUACCAGCGAUUAUUGAAGCCAUUGGAGAAGGAAGAACUUUAUUCAAAAAUAUGCAACUGGCCAUAGCCUAUACGCUGGCUCAUCUCUUCCCAGAAGUUUGUCCCAUCAUUUUGAAUUUCACUAUUGGAUUGCCGUUGGCUUUGUCUCCGCUACAAGUAAAUUUUUAAUUUUUUAGUCUACCCUUGCUUUAUAUUUGCCCUACUCUACUCUACCAUACUUUACCCUGCCCUAUCCUACCCUACCCUAUCCUACCAUACCAUAUCCUACCUAACCCUAUUCUAUCCUACUCUACCAUAUCCUACUCUACUUUACCUUACUCUCGUCUACCUUACCUUGCUCUAUCAUAUCGUAGCGUACCGUACUUUAGCCUAUCCUAACUUACUCUAAUCUACCGUACUGUGUUGCACCGUAUUUUAUCUUAAUUGGCUUUAUGCUGUCAUAAUUGUGGUCUACCUCACACAAGCUUGCUCUGCUCUACCGGAACCUACCCUUUCCAAACAUGUCAUAUUUUACUCUAUUAUGGUUUAUUCUACUUAAUCUUACUCUACCUUACCCUAACUUUGCUUUACUCUGCCUUAAACACACCUUCUCUUUUUUAUGUAUAUUUAACCUAUCAUUACCUAUCAUAUUUACAAACAUAUUUUUAGGUACUAAGCAUUGACUUAGCAUGUGAAUUAUUGCCUUCAAUAGCAUUAGCUUUUGAAAAACCAGAAAAUGAUGUUAUCAAGUGUCCUCCAAGGUCACCAAAACAAAAAAUGGUCAGUUAUGGACUAAUGAUCUAUUCCUAUUUCUUCAUUGGAGCUAUUAUCACAUUGGGAUGCUUCAUAUCUUAUCUGACUGUUUAUUAGUAAGUUUUUUUUCUAUUUUUAGGCUAAAAAUUAUGUAAAAUACGUGCAUCUUGAUCUUUUUUGUAAAUAUGCAAAUUUAAACAAUUUUUUUUUCAAAAACUAUGCAAAUUAAAAAAAAUCAAUUUUUCUCAAAAAAUAUGCAAAUUUUCAAAAAAUUGUACUUUUGCGCCAACCGGGAUUCGAACUCGGGCCUCUGCCUUGGGAGGGCAGCGUCCUAACCACUGGACUACUGACGCCUUGAAACAAACGAAAAGCGGCAAAAAUUAAUGCCAACGGGUACCACGGAUUCCCAUGGAUAUGAGAAAAGGAAAGGCUUUAUCAAAUAAGACCAAAAAUGCGUUUUUUAUUUAUGAUAUCAAGGAAAAACGGCCAAAAAACGUUUUUAUGAUACCUGAAACUGAGCCUCUAUGACUGGCUUGAUCUCGGAGUGGUGCAGGCUAAAGCAAACUUCAAGAGGGCCAGGCCAACUGAUGUCGUCUCUAAGGCCGGGGCUUAAACUAGGACUUGACCUGUAGGCCGAAAUAUUGAGCUCGGCCUUUUUGCAGGUGUCGCUUUAUAAACAUUUUCCACUAGUCUAAAGCCAAUUUUAGCUACAGUUUAAAAAAAAACUUUACUUAACAAAUGCGAUAUAUAUAUAAUUGAAUUUGGCAUAUCUCUAAGCAAAAAAAAAUUUUUUUUUGAUUUUUAAACGUUUUGGAAACCGAAUUAAACUUUAAACUUUCAGUGCAAAACAAACUUUGAGUUAUUAGCGUAACGAAGAAUAAUUAGAAAAAUUAAUUAUUUUAGGGCGCGUAAACUUUUGCAGACACAUUAAUCUGAAAGUAGGGCGGGUUAGAAUAGUGAAGGUUACUGUAUGAAAGUUGGGAAGUGUAGGAUAAGGAAUUGUAGGAUAGGGUAGGGUAGAGAAAGUUACGGUAUGGUAGAGUAGGUUACAAUACUCUAAGGUAGUGUAGGGCAGGAUAAUGUAAGGUACAGUAUGGUAGGAUAGGACAAAGAAAGUUACGGCAGGUAUGGUCGAUGAGGACAGGUUACGCAAUGGUAAGGUCGGGUAUGGUAGGGUAGAGUGAGUUACUUUACCAUAGGGUAUUGUGGGGUAGGCUAGGCUAGGCUAGGCUAGGGUAGGGCAGGGUAGGAUAGGGUAGCGUAGUGCAGAGUAGGUUAGGGUAGGGUAGGGUAAGGUAGGGUAGAGUAGGACGUGGUAGAAUAGGGUAGGGUAUGGUAAGGUGGGGUCAAAAAUAAUUCGCAAAACAUCCGCUUCUAUAUCUUUUACUGUUACCAUAGCCUACAAACCUUAUUUUAGUCACCACGGUAUUCCACCAUCAACCCUACCCUUUUCUCGAACAGAUUUUUGGCAUGGUGACGCCGAAAAUCUGACUUCACCGUUAACAGGUGAAGUACUGUACGCUGAGCACCAACUCGAAGUGCUAGGCCAAGCUUCAGCGACCUACCAAGCCACAUUGGUCGUAGCUCAAGUGUUUCAUAUCUUCACUUGUACCACUAAACGAUCAUCAGUACUACAACGACUACCUAGUGCAGCUCUAAUUCUUACUGUAGCGGUCGAAAUUGGCACUUUGUUCGUGCUGUUUAAUAUACCCUACGCUAGAGAGCUGUUGGGUGUGAGUGAACCGCCCUUGUUUGCAUGGAUUUUUGGACCGGUGGUUGGAAUUGUCAUUGUUGUUUUGACGGAAAUACGAAAAUAUUAUAUUAGGCAGAGUCGAAAAGAUAACUGGUAUCAUAAAAUGGAGUUUUAAAAUGACUUUUGUAUAAAUAAAUUUAAUAGUAUGAGCUGGAAACAGUUUUUGACAUGUUUUGUAAAGUUCGGGCCAUACUAGAGAAAGCACCCAACAUAAUAAAGGCACCCACUGGUUUAAAGCACCCAGCAAUAUUUAUUCAAAUUUUAUCAUUAUGAAACGUAGCGCUUUCGAAGAGCGGUGUAGAAGUGUCCAAUUCGUGAAUGGCGAUUGUUUUAGCGAAAACUGAAAAAAAUAUAAUAAGGUGCACGACUACUGUAACUAGAUAGUUGGCCUCUAUAACUAGAUGGUUGGCUACUGUAACUAAGAAAUGGGCUACUAUAACUAAAUAGUUGGUUACUGUAACUAGAUGGUUGGCUACUGUAACUAGAUAGUUGGUUACUGUAACUAGAUGGUUGGCCACUACAACUAGAUAGUUGGCUACUAUAACUAGUUAGUUGGCUUUUGACUACUGAAACUAAAUAAUGGGCUACUGUAACUAAAUAAUGGGCUACUGUAACUAGAUAGUUGGCCACUAUGACUAGUUAGUUGGUAGUUGGCUACUGUAACUAAAUAAUGGGCUACCGUAACUAGAUAAUGGCUGCUACAACUAGAUAGUUGGCUACUGUAACUAAAUAGUAGGCUACUAUAACUAAACAAUGGGCUACUAUAAUAAGAUAACAUUAAUAUUAUGGUAAAAUCAAACGUAUUCUUUAAAUAAAUACUAAAUUCUUACCUGUUAUCCAUCUGUAUAUCAUAGUAAAAGUCUUCAUAAACUCAAUAGAAGAUGACUUCUUUGAAGGUGGUUGAUCUUGGCCUAGGUUGUGAGGUAGUCGAUGAAUCCAUGAUCACCACGGUCAGAUUCCAUGCUGACCCGACCGUCUCACGCAGUCGAUAA